GUAUGUUGGUUCCGCCAAUGAGGAAGCUCCUUCUGACAGCGUCUGACCAAUAGGAGCCCGUGUCUGCAGACAGUCACUUCCGGCCCGGGUGGUCCUCCCAUGCUAGCUCCAUGUAGCAGCAGCUGCUGAAGCUUUCUCCCGCGCUCACUUUCAUUUCUGCAUUCUUCUACGCGGAGGAGGAACCGAGAGCAACGACACACAGUCACACUCGUUUUCUGUUUCUUCUCCCUUCUUUUUUAUUCCACACACUUCUCACCCCGUUAGCUCGUGUUUGUUGUGCUAAUUAAGCCCAGUAAGAGGCGCUGGUUAGCCGCUCACACCGAGCCUCUCCUCCGCUUUCCCUCUUUUUUCCCUGUCUCUCUCUCUCGGUGUUAGCUCGCUAACUGAACCCAGGCGACGGUCGGUAGCUGUCCCUCCACCCUCACGCCGACAUGCCGGAGUACCUGGACGACCCGUCUGUGCUCACCAAGGACAAGCUGAAGAGCGAGCUGCUGGCCCACAACGUGGAGCUUCCGAGCGGCAACCCGACCAAGGACGUGUACGUGCAGCUGUACCUGAAGAACCUGACCGCUCAGAACAGCAGGCAUGUCACGGCCACCACUCUGGACGCCUUCUCCAGCGACGAGGACCUGCCGCCGCCCGUGGUCAGCAGCAGAAGCCGCUCCUCCGGCAGGAAAGCCACCAGGAAAACAGACAAGGUCCAGCCAGACGAGCUGGACGUGACCAUGCUGAGCGACCAGGGCCUGAAGGAUGAGCUGCUCAAACACGGAGUGGACGCCGGGCCCAUUGUGGCAACUACCCGUAAACUGUACGAGAAGAAGCUGCAGAAGCUGCUGGACGACGGCCCUGCCCAGCCGCCGCCACAGCUCACUGUCACAGAGAUCCAAGUCAACCACAAUGGCAACUCUGAACCCGACGUGUACAGCGACAAGGAGGACGAAGUGACAGCAGCACCUGAACCUGAACCUGAACCUGAACCAGAGCCUGUGGCAGAACCUGAACCAGAGCCUGUGGCAGAACCUGAACCAGCUCCAGUGGUGGAGAGACCACUGAGGAGCCGAGGGAAGACGCCCAUCACCACCCGCACCCGCAGCAGCCAGCACCACACGAGAGACCAGUUGAUGGAUCAGGAAGGUGGUGGGGAUGAUGAUGAUGAUGAUGAUGAUGAAGACGAGCCGACCAUACAUGUAAAGCGCAAACCCAGGAGGUUAUCCCACAGAGUGCAGAUAGUGCCUGAGGAUCUCAGACCUGUGUUGACAGAACAGGUCCAGUUGCAGUCUAACAGGAGGGUUCAUCACAGGCUGGACAGUCCAGCUCAGGCUGAACCUCCCUCCACCUCAACCAGACCUGCUCAGCUCCAAGAGGAAGAACCGUGGCUCCAUCUUCCCAAAGCGACAAAGGACUUGUCUCAGAAGCCAGUCGCUCUGCUCAACACUGCUCUGCUCGAGUCAAAGAGUCUGCCUAAAGAACAGAGUCCACGACCGGCUGCCAAACCAUCCAGACCCACCAGAGUGGAGCCGCUCACCUUUACCACUAUGUGUGACAUUUCCCCCAUUAAGAAACCAGAGGCCCACUGGUUUCUGUCCUCAGACCAGUCUGGAUCUAAGCCCAGCAGCGUCUCUGCAGCAUGGCAGAGCUGUACCCCUCCAGACGUGCUGCUGCUGAGAAAGAGGCAGCAGAAAAUGUCCAGCUUCCUGUCCACGUGCAGCCCAGCGAGGACGCUCAGCUCUGCAUCCACACUGUCCACGGACGCGUUACUGAGACAGGUGGAGAAAAUUGCAGCCAGCGAACAACCUCGGAAAGUGGAGGAGACUGACGUUCUGAAGGAGCUCUUUCACAACGACAUCAGCUCUCCAACAGGAAUCACCGCCACCUGUCGAAGACCCAUUCGAGGAGCGGCCGGUCGCCCGGUGAAGUCCAGCGACCUGUGGAACAACGAGAACUCCAUCUUCUCGCCAAAAACCACCAAGACCACCAGCUCAUCCUCGUCGUACACAGAGAGCCGCACCGUCAACAGAGUCACCAGCUUGCCCCCCUCCAUCUCCUUCAACUCCUCUACCUCCGCCUCCUCUUACUCCUCUGCCUCCUCCUCCUACAGGCCUCUGUCUGCAGCUCCCCCUGCAAGUCAGCCCAAAGCAGCGCGCCGCAGCAUGUCCCUGUGGAUAAAGCUCUUCCUGCUGGCCAUCGUGGCUGCCUUCCUGUUCUUGGUUUACCAAGCCAUGGAGACCAACUCCAUCAGCCCUUUUGGUAACACAGACACAGAGGUGGCUGAUGGCAGCACCGCAUAGAGCCCAGGAAGUGUCUGAGGGGGAACAGAAGCCUGCCUGCUUCUGUUGUUUCAUCUUUUUUUAAGUGUGAAUCUUCAUGUAGCCGUUUUGUUGACGGGCGCUGUGAAAUGACCUCUGAUAUGUUCGCCCGUCUUCCUCCAUAUUUGAUCUCUCUUCUUUUCUCCUUCAUGUUUGAAUCAGUUUUCAGAGAAGCCGUUUGUGACACUUGAAGGAUCUCCAGGACCCCAUGUGAAAGGACAGUAGUGCCUCUGUUGCCGUUUCAGUCUGUGAGGUUACAACAAAGCCAGUCACCACCCAACUCUGAGAAACAGUAGCUUUCAUAGAAACACGUGGACUCUUUAUUAUUAUCAUGUUCAUUUUUCAUGUCAUAGCUGCAUGGUAUGUGUGUGUGUUUGUACUGGAUGAGUGUUGAGUUUUUUUUCUUCACACCUGGCCUUAGUGUCUGUCUCUCUGUCAUUAACAGCUGUAUUUAGUUUUCUGCUUUACUCGACCAUCUUUGUUAAUGAGACAGGGAGGCUCGUUAGAAUCCAGUGAAUCAGUGAUCUUAGACAUGACACAUGAAUAUUUUCCUAAUGUUCUCUUCUAAUAAAGGUGAAUGUUCUUAUGUAUUCCACUUAAUUAUGUAUUCACUGUCACAAAUAUUGAAUAAACUCAAACUUUUAUGUUGUUA